AUGACCUCUGAAACCACCUUAGCUGAAGAGACAACAACGACUGGGGAAAACCUCAACAGCAGAGCCAUUCACAACUACGAGUGGAGAGACCACGACUGGAGGAAGCUCAUCGCCUGGUCAGGAGACAACUGUUUCAGAAAAUGCAACAUCACAAAUAAGCACCUCAUGGAGUACAGCUUCUUUUCCGACUACCUUCCUAACAACUUCUGGCUCUACAACACAGUUUUUCACUUCCACCACUUCUCCAACAUCAACACCAACAACACCCAAUCCAUCUAUACGUGCAAGUUCUUCUCUCCCACAGAGAAAGCCAAUACGUCAACGAGUGUUACACUGACAAUAGUUAAUGCCGCCUUUAAUGAGAACUUCCUUAAUAACAGCACCAUGGAAUAUAAAAUCUUCGAGGCCAGAUUUAAGGAAGAGAUGAGGACAGUCUAUGGUAAUGUCUCUGGGUAUGUCGACGUGGAAAUUAUCUCUCUGAAGAGAGGCAGUAUCGUUGUGGAACAUAACGUCAUUGUGGAGGUUGAGCUGAAAUCAUCGGCAGAUCUGGAUGCAAAAUACAACAAUGUAGUGAUAGAAGUGGAGAAACAGCUGAUUGGCCUCAACUGCACAAAUGGAAACGCUGCCUUGUGUUUGGAUGGAAAUAUACCCACAGUUGACAAAAUUCCUCCCCCCACUGCAGAAGGCAAGGAUGUAUCCUCAGAAAGCGAUGAAGCGAGAUGGUACGAGGAUACGGAUGAUAUAUGGCCAAUUAAGCUCACCUUUGACAACCACGGAGCAGUUCUACAGGAGGACGAUAUCUCUAAUAACGGCAGUCAAUCCACCAAAAGCAGCUUCCAACCAAACCUAAAGAACGUGGAUACAACAAUCACGACAACUUCCUCUGGACAAUAUACCACUCAAGAUUCUGAGACAACACAAUCUGAGAUCACCGAUAUCACCUCUGAAGAUGCCCUAACUGAAGAGACAACACUGAUACAGGACACAGCAGAGACUGAGACCACAAAUGUCACAGAAACAACAAGUGCAGAUGACUACGGAACAACAACACCUGGGUCUACAACCCAACCUUUCCAGACCUCUCCAUCAUCGCAUAAGGCAAGUACCCUUGCUGAGACAGCCCCACUAGAAACAACCACAGAUGACCUAAGUAAAACCACAAUGCUAGGAGCAGAAAUGGUAACUACAGAUUUCACAUUAGGUACAGACAGCCCAGCAGAGGAAAGUGCCACUGCGUCAUCACACAUGAGUACAUUAGAAAGGAGUACAAUUGUGCGUUUGGAAGAAACAACGGCAUCCCAAGGGAUAGCUGUGACUUCUCAGGCAACUGCAGCUGUGGGCACAGCAGCAACAACAAUACUGUUUACCACAACUGCAGAAGACACCACCAUUGCAAGAACUCAAUCCACCACACAAACUGAAACUACCACCGCAGAUGCAACAACAGCAUCAGCCUCUUCACCUCUAACUUCUGAGAUGUCAACAGCUGGAGAAAUGACAAGCAUCUCUGCUGCUCCCCAGGCAACAACACCAUCACUGGAAACCACAGCAACCGCUGAGAAAACAACUUCUGAAACAGAAAGCGCCACAACAGAGGUAGACACAACAACUGUGGCACUGACAUCGACUCAUGCCACAGACACCACAGCUGGGGAAACCACCACAGCGCUAUCAGAGGCAACAACAUUGGCAAAGAGCACAACUAAUGUUUUGGAGACAACAGCCAUCAUUGCGACAACAGCGGGAUCCUCAGAGAUCACCAUUAUCACAGCAACCCAAGGGAUAGCUGUGACUUCUCAGGCAACUGCAGCUGUGGGCACAGCAGCAACAGCAAUACUGUCUACCACAACUGCAGAAGACACCACCGUUGCAGGAACUCAAUCCACCACACAAACUGAAACUACUACCACAGAUGAAACAACAGCAUCAGCCUCUACACCUCUAACAUCUGAGAUGUCAACGGCUGGAGGAAGGACAAGCAUCUCUGCUGCUCCCCAGACAACAACACCAUCACUGGAAACCACAGCAACCGCUGAGAAAACAACUUCUCCAACAGAAAGCGCCACAACAGAGGUAGACACAACAACUGUGGCACUGACAUCGACUCAUGCCACAGACACCACAGCUGGGGAAACCACCACAGUGCUAUCAGAGGCAACAACAUUGGCAAAAAGCACAACGAAUGUUUUGGAGACAACAGCCAUCAUUGCGACAACAGCGGGAGCCUCAGAGAUAACAACAUUACCAGAAAGCACAACUACAGCCACUGAAUCCACAACACAAACAACAACUGCAGCGGCUAACAUUACUACAGACCUGGGCUCAACCACAACUACCCCGCAAACAUCAGCAACACAGCAAAUCACAAGUACUCUUGCAGAGACCACAACUGGAGGAAGUUUACCAACCUCUGAGGAGACAACCAUCACCAUUAUCACAGCAACCCAAGGGAUAGCUGUGACUUCUCAGGCAACUGCAGCUGUGGGCACAGCAGCAACAACAAUACUGUCUACCACAACUGCAGAAGACACCACCGUUGCAGGAACUCAAUCCACCACACAAACUGAAACUACUACCACAGAUGAAACAACAGCAUCAGCCUCUACACCUCUAACAUCUGAGAUGUCAACGGCUGGAGGAAGGACAAGCAUCUCUGCUGCUCCCCAGACAACAACACCAUCACUGGAAACCACAGCAACCGCUGAGAAAACAACUUCUCCAACAGAAAGCGCCACAACAGAGGUAGACACAACAACUGUGGCACUGACAUCGACUCAUGCCACAGACACCACAGCUGGGGAAACCACCACAGUGCUAUCAGAGGCAACAACAUUGGCAAAAAGCACAACGAAUGUUUUGGAGACAACAGCCAUCAUUGCGACAACAGCGGGAGCCUCAGAGAUAACAACAUUACCAGAAAGCACAACUACAGCCACUGAAUCCACAACACAAACAACAACUGCAGCGGCUAACAUUACUACAGACCUGGGCUCAACCACAACUACCCCGCAAACAUCAGCAACACAGCAAUUCACAAGUACUCUUGCAGAGACCACAACUGGAGGAAGUUUACCAACCUCUGAGGAGACAACCGGACAAAGUACCGCUCAAGUUUCUGAGACAACAGGAUCUGAGAUCACCACUACCACCUCUGGACAAAGUACCGCUCAAGUUUCGGAGAUCACCAUUAUCACAGCAACCCAAGGGAUAGCUGUGACUUCUCAGGCAACUGCAGCUGUGGGCACAGCAGCAACAACAAUACUGUCUACCACAACUGCAGAAGACACCACCGUUGCAGGAACUCAAUCCACCACACAAACUGAAACUACUACCACAGAUGAAACAACAGCAUCAGCCUCUACACCUCUAACAUCUGAGAUGUCAACGGCUGGAGGAAGGACAAGCAUCUCUGCUGCUCCCCAGACAACAACACCAUCACUGGAAACCACAGCAACCGCUGAGAAAACAACUUCUCCAACAGAAAGCGCCACAACAGAGGUAGACACAACAACUGUGGCACUGACAUCGACUCAUGCCACAGACACCACAGCUGGGGAAACCACCACAGUGCUAUCAGAGGCAACAACAUUGGCAAAAAGCACAACGAAUGUUUUGGAGACAACAGCCAUCAUUGCGACAACAGCGGGAGCCUCAGAGAUAACAACAUUACCAGAAAGCACAACUACAGCCACUGAAUCCACAACACAAACAACAACUGCAGCGGCUAACAUUACUACAGACCUGGGCUCAACCACAACUACCCCGCAAACAUCAGCAACACAGCAAUUCACAAAAGACACCACCGUUGCAGGAACUCAAUCCACCACACAAACUGAAACUACUACCACAGAUGAAACAACAGCAUCAGCCUCUACACUUCUAACAUCUGAGAUGUCAACGGCUGGAGGAAGGACAAGCAUCUCUGCUGCUCCCCAGACAACAACACCAUCACUGGAAACCACAGCAACCGCUGAGAAAACAACUUCUCCAACAGAAAGCGCCACAACAGAGGUAGACACAACAACUGUGGCACUGACAUCGACUCAUGCCACAGACACCACAGCUGGGGAAACCACCACAGUGCUAUCAGAGGCAACAACAUUGGCAAAAAGCACAACGAAUGUUUUGGAGACAACAGCUAUCAUUGCGACAACAGCGGGAGCCUCAGAGAUAACAACAUUACCAGAAAGCACAACUACAGCCACUGAAUCCACAACACAAACAACAACUGCAGCGGCUAACAUUACUACAGACCUGGGCUCAACCACAACUACCCCGCAAACAUCAGCAACACAGCAAUUCACAAGUACUCUUGCAGAGACCACAACUGGAGGAAGUUUACCAACCUCUGAGGAGACAACCGGACAAAGUACCGCUCAAGUUUCUGAGACAACAGGAUCUGAGGGACAAAGUACCGCUCAAGUUUCUGAGACAACAGGAUCUGAGAUCACCACUAUCACCCCUGGACAAAGUACCGCUCAAGUUUCUGAGAUCACCAUUAUCACAGCAACCCAAGGGAUAGCUGUGACUUCUCAGGCAACUGCAGCUGUGGGCACAGCAGCAACAACAAUACUGUCUACCACAACUGCAGAAGACACCACCGUUGCAGGAACUCAAUCCACCACACAAACUGAAACUACUACCACAGAUGAAACAACAGCAUCAGCCUCUACACCUCUAACAUCUGAGAUGUCAACGGCUGGAGGAAGGACAAGCAUCUCUGCUGCUCCCCAGACAACAACACCAUCACUGGAAACCACAGCAACCGCUGAGAAAACAACUUCUCCAACAGAAAGCGCCACAACAGAGGUAGACACAACAACUGUGGCACUGACAUCGACUCAUGCCACAGACACCACAGCUGGGGAAACCACCACAGUGCUAUCAGAGGCAACAACAUUGGCAAAAAGCACAACGAAUGUUUUGGAGACAACAGCCAUCAUUGCGACAACAGCGGGAGCCUCAGAGAUAACAACAUUACCAGAAAGCACAACUACAGCCACUGAAUCCACAACACAAACAACAACUGCAGCGGCUAACAUUACUACAGACCUGGGCUCAACCACAACUACCCCGCAAACAUCAGCAACACAGCAAUUCACAAGUACUCUUGCAGAGACCACAACUGGAGGAAGUUUACCAACCUCUGAGGAGACAACCAUAGCAAAAGACACUACAACCACAGACACAGAGGCAGCCAUAACAUCAGCAUCAGUCACAGCUACCACCUCCGAGGGGAAGACCACUGCAUCUUUGCAGACAACCUCCUCUGGACAAAAAGACACCACCGUUGCAGGAACUCAAUCCACCACACAAACUGAAACUACUACCACAGAUGAAACAACAGCAUCAGCCUCUACACUUCUAACAUCUGAGAUGUCAACGGCUGGAGGAAGGACAAGCAUCUCUGCUGCUCCCCAGACAACAACACCAUCACUGGAAACCACAGCAACCGCUGAGAAAACAACUUCUCCAACAGAAAGCGCCACAACAGAGGUAGACACAACAACUGUGGCACUGACAUCGACUCAUGCCACAGACACCACAGCUGGGGAAACCACCACAGUGCUAUCAAAGGCAACAACAUUGGCAAAAAGCACAACGAAUGUUUUGGAGACAACAGCUAUCAUUGCGACAACAGCGGGAGCCUCAGAGAUAACAACAUUACCAGAAAGCACAACUACAGCCACUGAAUCCACAACACAAACAACAACUGCAGCGGCUAACAUUACUACAGACCUGGGCUCAACCACAACUACCCCGCAAACAUCAGCAACACAGCAAUUCACAAGUACUCUUGCAGAGACCACAACUGGAGGAAGUUUACCAACCUCUGAGGAGACAACCGGAUCUGAGAUCACCACUACCACCUCUGGA